ACGUCUCUUACUCUCCCCGUAAAAAAGACCAAUAGUACGCCGUACUCCCUCCUAUCUCUCCUCCUCCCCAUGGUUGUACGCUCUCUCCUAUCUCUCUUCCUCCCCAUGGUCUCCUCCUCCCCAGGGAAAACAAAUCAAUAUCUCUCAAAUUGGAGCAAGCAAAAUAGGGAACUGAUGGUUGGGGGAUUGAUCUGGUGCGCUCACGCCAUGGAAUCUCUCCUAUCUCUCUGCCUCCCCCCAUGGAAAAAAGAAAAAUCUCUCUCAAAUUGGAGAAACCAAGUUGGGGAAUAGAUCAGAUCGCAACAUGGCACUACCAAGCCUAUAACGCUAGCCUAUAAAUUAACUACAUCCUAACACAAACAAUCUCAACAUCAAGGAGGCUCCUGUCGGUCGUGAACAUCAUCGCUGGUGAAGUUUCUCCUGUUCGGUAUGAAAGCUUCAUCGUUGCCCAGUUUUUCAGAGAUUAUUUGUUUCGUUGGUUAAUUCAAAAUUUUAGGCUAUUCACUUCAUAUUGCUUAUGAACUUCACAAUGGGCAAGACAAAAUCUUUCUUCGCAAGUGAAGCCUUGGAUUUGCCAGAGACUAAGAAAUUACUAAGCAACAAAUUUGUGUUUUCUUACAAUUCAAAUUACUUUUUGUUGCUUUCUGGCCCAGUUCUGAGAGAGAUUAUUUGUUUCAUUGGUUCAAUCAAAUUGUUAGGCUCUGGACUUCAUACUACAUGCAAAUUGCAUGGCCACCAAUAUGUAAUCUUCUGGAAAUUGUGUUUUUAUAGGUCAACUUAUUUUGUUUACCUUCAAAACAAUGGCAUACGAUAUGCUCCAUGAGAUUAGCAAUCAGAAGGAUUCCUGGAAAGUCAAGGUCAGAAUAAUUAGGCUAUGGGAUGCCAUUAAUCUCAACAACAAUGAACUUAUUAGCCUUGACAUGAUACUACUUGAUGAAGAGGUUAGCUUAAUGAUGAAACUUUAUGAAUUUCCAACAUAAAUACACUAUUAUGAGUUGUAAUAGUUACUAUAAUAUUGAUGCAUCUUCUCGCUGCACUGUAAUGUUUCACGGUACUAUGAUACAUGGCAAGGUAAUGAAGCAUAUGGUUAACAAGUUCAGACCAUUGAUCCAAGAAGGUUUAGUCUACAUGAUAGCAAAUUUUAAGGUUAUGUCUGCAAUGAAUUUCCGUCCAGUUGAAAGUGAAAAGGUUCUAAAUUUCUUGCACACGACAAAAAUUCAAGAGAUAAGAGGUCAAAAAAAUAUCAAAAUAGCAGAACAAAGCUUCACGUUUUGUACUGUUGAAGUUCUUUCCACAAGAGAUAGCCAAAAGAUGUUCUUAUCUGAUGUCAUUGGCAUAGCAAGUUACAUAGGACAUAUUGAAGAAACACAGACAACCCACGGGAUUUCAAAGAUUCGAGAUAUUGUGCUUCGAAUUGAGGAUCAAAAAAUUAAUAUUAGACUAUGGGGUAAUAAGGUUGGUCAAAUUGAUGAAGAUUCUUUGGGGCGUGUGGUCAUAGUAACAUCAACUACUGUUAGAAAACUGAAAGAGUACUCGCUGUCAUCUACAGGUGCGACCAGAGUUUAUAUCGAUUUGGAUAUCCCUGAAACAAAUGAGCUUCAAACAAGGUAUUGCUUGCAAGAUGAUAAGGUAGAGGAAAUAGAGCCGGAAGCCCACUUGCAAGGCACAAUUCAAGAACAGAUGCUCUAUAACAGAAGAACCCUAAAAGAAAUAACUGAAAUUACAUAUGAAUCUGAAAAACAGUAAAAGUUCUAUACUCCAGAAGCAAUGAUUAAGUCAAUUAAUACAUCAGAUGAGUGGUACUACAUAGGAUGCCGCAAAUGCAACAAAAAGUACUGAAACAAGGGAACCACUUCUACUGUCCGAAAUGUGAAAAAGAACCUGAGAAGAUAUGUCCAAGAUGGAGGAUGAUAAACCCAUUCUAAUAGACACUAAAAAGACUAGGAGGACUAGGAACACACGUCAUGUUGUACAUUCUGAUGAAGAAUCAGAAAAUCUGGAUAGUCAAGAGAAAGAUGAAUCCAUAUCUGUUGUUGAUAAGGAAUCUAAGAAAAGGAGAAUUCAAAAAGAUAGCCAUGAGCAAGCGGGCAAGUUAUCAGUUAUGAAAACUAUAAAGCAAGAACCAGAGGAUGAUGAACCCACUAUUAACCGGACUAAAAGGGGUAGGAGAAGUAGCACAGCUCAUGUUGUAGACCUUGAUGAAGAACCAAAAACUGAAGGUAGUCGGGAAAUAAUGAAAUCAAAAUCUAUGGAAGCAGGCCCCAAGAGGAAACGCGCCGUAACUCGCAAAUGUGCUGGUAUUGAUAACAAACAAGUAAACAAUCACCAUGAAGAAGAAUCAGAACAUGCAGGUACUCAGGAGCACAAUGAUUCAAGGCCUAGGACAAGGCGUAGUUGUGUCAACAAAGAAUUGAUGAGCAAAGGCAUUCAGAAGUGUGGUGUAUCAAGAACUCGAAAGUCAAAUCGUUGAUUAGUGGAAAUCCAGUUAUUUAGCAUGUAAUAGAACAUAUAGGAGCAUCAGAUUUGUACUUUAUAUGAACAUCAUUGUUUAAGAUUGGUUUUAAUAAAUGUAAAUGCAUACCUUUGUGUUAGUAAAGUCAUUAGUGAAAAGCA